GUAGAAGAACUCAAACAUUCACAUAAAUUGGAAGUAACAAAUGUCAAACUGGAGGCAGCAAGAACAAAGAGUGAGGUAGAAAGAGAGAGAAACAAGAUUCAAAGUGAAAUGGAUGGAUUGCUGUCAGACAAGGAAAUUCUUAAGGCAGCUGUUGAACGUCAUAAAGUGCUUUUAGUAGAAAAGGAUCGGGAGCUAAUUCGUAAAGUGCAAGCUGCCAAAGACGAAGCUUUUGAAAAAAUUGCAGCCUUACAGGACGAAAAGUUAGAACUCGAGAACAGAUUAGCUGAUCUAGAGAAGAUUAAACUGGAACAAGAUAGUUGGAGACAAACUGAAAAGGAUCAGUAUGAAGAGAAACUACGUGUUGUACAGAUGGCAGAAGAAUCUAGCAAAAAGGAACUUCAACGUUUGCGAUUAAAAAUGCAACAGCAAGCUAUUCAGACAGAGGAGUUGGAAGAAAAGAAACGUGAAAAUGAUGAUCUGAAACAGCAAAUCCAAAAUAUGCAACUCCAGCUUGCCUCACUUUCUCAGUCAGAAAAUGAUUUGCUGGAGUCUAAUCAGAAGCUGAAGGAAAUAAUAGAGAGGUUGAAAGAAGAAUGUCAACAUGCAAGGACUCAGGCAGAAAAAGCUCAACUGGAAACAGAGAAGACUUCAGAAUAUAAACGUAUAGAAUGGCUGGAGGAGAAGCAUGUGCUCACUCAGCGCAUCACAGAGAAAGAAGAGCAGUACAACCAAGUGAAGAAUAAGCUAUGUCGAGCUGCUGUUGCUCAGAAAAAGAGAAAGACUCUCAUGGAUAAUAAACAAAGGAGGAUGCGAGAGAAACUAGAACUUUUGGAAGCCAAGAUAGAAGAGCUAGAAAAAGAAAAUCAGGUGCUAAAUAGGCAGAAUGUUUCCUAUGAAGAAUAUGCACGCCUCCAGAAGAGACUAAAGGACUUGCAACGUCGACACAAUGAAUUCCGGAGUUUAAUUCUGAAUCCGAACAUACCCUCACUCAAUCCAGUCAGCGUCAUGUCGUCUGCCUUGCCUCCUGGGCCGGAAGUGUCCUUCCCCAUUCUUCAGGAGGAACAGCAUCAAAGAGAGCUUUCCCUGCUUCGCAAGCGGCUGGAGGAACUAGAAACCACACAGAGAAAGCAGCUGCAAGAUCUUGGACCAUCUAGAGAGCGAGUAACGGUGGGCGCACACAGGGACUUGGCUAGAAACAAGAUUGCUGGAGCAGUCGAUGCACAAAGCGAGGACUCAAAAUGA